GAUAGGCGGCUUGGGAACCAAGAUGUCAAAUCGAGUGGUGUGCAGAGAAGCAAGUCACGCCGGGAGUUGGUACUCGGCUUCGGGAUCCCAGCUGAAUGCACAACUAGAGGGCUGGCUGUCCCAAGCACAGUCCACAAUCAGACCUGCUAGAGCCAUCAUUGCACCCCAUGCCGGGUAUACCUACUGUGGUGCUUGUGCAGCACAUGCUUACAAGCAGGUGGAUCCCUCUGUUACUCGUAGGGUGUUCAUUCUGGGACCUUCACACCAUGUGCCCCUCUCCCGCUGUGCCCUGUCGCCUGCAGACGUAUAUAGAACGCCCCUCUAUGACCUGAGAAUCGACCAGAAGGUUUACGCAGACCUCUGGAAGACCGGGUUGUUUGAGAGGAUGAGUCUGCAGACAGAUGAAGAUGAGCACAGUAUUGAAAUGCACUUGCCUUACACUGCUAAAGCCAUGGAGAGCCACAAAGAUGAGUUCAGCAUUGUUCCUGUGCUUGUGGGAGCUCUGAGUGAGUCUAAGGAGCAGGAAUAUGGGAGGCUGCUCAGCAAAUACCUGGCAGAUCCUUCUAACCUUUUCAUAAUCUCUUCUGACUUCUGCCACUGGGGCCAGCGGUUUCGCUACACGUACUACGACGAGUCUCAAGGAGAGAUCUACAGAUCUAUUGAGCAUCUUGAUAAAAUGGGGAUGAGCAUUAUAGAGCAACUGGAUCCCAUUUCUUUCACCAACUACUUGAAGAAGUACCGUAACACCAUCUGUGGACGUCACCCUAUUGGAGUGCUGCUAAAUGCUGUGGCCGAGCUUAGGAAGUCUGGUUUAGAAAUGAACUUUUCUUUCCUGAACUACGCCCAGUCGAGUCAGUGCAGGAACUGGCAGGACAGCUCCGUGAGUUAUGCUGCUGGGGCGCUCAUCGUUCAUUGAGGUCAACUUCUGCAGGGGCCACUGCAACGCCGCCACCCUGCCCUUACUAUCUUAAUGCCAUAACCUUGACCCAUGAUUCCCCCGAUUCCUACCCCGAUGCCCCCCAAGUCCCUCAGUAAUGCCCACUAUGUGCAGGAAAAACUUAGAUAAUUGAAGCCAAUAAAAUCAUUUCCCUUAAGUCCCUCA